AUGAUUACUUACAAACUCCCUACUAGCUGUCCAGAAAAAAAUUUUUCUGAAAAAAUUCCUAUUGUUGGUUCUACCGGUUUGGAAGAAAAAUGGCCAUUGGUGUCCCUUUUGGACAUUAAUUUUUAUUUAUUAAACUCUAACGAGAUUAAGCAAAAAUUGAAUCCAAGAUCUGAUAUUGAAAUUCCAUCCAACCAUCAAAAAAUGAAUACAAUUAAAAUUGUUAAAAAUAUAUUUUGUAUUAAUAGACGUUCUCAAACACUGGAUUUAUUUAACAAGGAUGCUCUUGAAUCCGUCAAAGUAGGAAGAAUUAAAUUCAAAGAUUUAGAGUAUCGUUUGGAUAAAACUCCAGGGGAAACGUCAUAUGAAUCAUCUUAUUUAACAAAUGAAAUAGAAUCAGGUAAAAUAAACUUUGAUUGUGAGCAUCCUUUCAGUCCAUUAUCUUUUGAAUUACAGAAGAAAAGAGCUCAAUUGACCUAUAAAGCUAAGGAAGGUAAUAUGUUACAAAUUCAAUUCGAAAUUUCUGUAUACCAUAUAAUUAUUCCAACUUCCAACCAAUGGCCAACUUUAUUGCCAAGAAUUUUUAAUCCUGCAACUGUAAUUGAGAAAGUUGAAGAUAAAGAAAACUCAAUUUUACCAACUGGAUUGCCAGAUUUGAAAAAUAUUCCAACAAUGAUUUCAUCCUUAGGUUUGAACCAUAGGCAACAGAUCACAAGAGAAAAGUCUUAUAGGGCAAUUGACUUUGAUUUAACAUUGAAGUUAACCCAAACUUUUGCCAAUAACAAUAAUAAGAAAUUAGUCGUUAUUACGACAUUUAACAAUAAAGUUGUCAGUAAAAUGUUUAGAUAUUUCCAUUUUAAAUUUAAAAUUGAAGAAGCAUUACAAAAUGAAUUAAAUCCAAAGUUAAGUCAAUUAGUUAUAUUAAGACCAGGUCCAAUCGUUGGUGUUCCGAUGACAGAUGCUAUAAAUCCAGAAUUUAACCCAAUAUUGAAAAAAUCUGAUAAUUUAGUCGAACAGUCUAUACUAUUAAAGAAAUAUUUACUAGACUAUAAAUUGGCUACACUCAAAAAGUAUCGUUCAACUGGUAUUGCACCAAGAUUGACUGACAUUUUGGCAAAAACUAUGUACAGAAAGCCAGGUACUUCAGUCUUAGGAUAUUGUAUACCUGCAACAAAAGUUGCUAAAGUAGCUGCAUUAAAGGCAAUUGAACCAACAAUUGCAUCUACAUACAGUAAACCAGAUGUACAGAUAAUUACAAGUAGACAAAUAGAUGAACUUGUUUAA